AUGGCUGACGCACCAAGAGGAGGUGGCCGAGGAGGCUUUGGCGAUCGAGGACGAGGUGACCGCGGCCGAGGUGGUCGAGGUGGUCGACGAGGUGCCCGAAGAGGUGGUAAGGAGUCCAGUGAGAAGGAAUGGCAGCCAGUGACCAAGCUCGGUCGACUCGUCAAGGCCGGAAAGAUUCAGUCCAUGGAACAGAUCUACCUACACUCUCUGCCAAUCAAGGAGUACCAGAUCGUAGAUUGGUUUCUGCCAAAACUGAAGGAUGAGGUUAUGAAGAUCAAGCCAGUACAAAAGCAGACUCGAGCCGGUCAGCGAACACGAUUCAAGGCUAUCGUAGUCAUUGGCGAUAGCGAGGGACACGUCGGUCUGGGUAUCAAGACUUCUAAAGAGGUUGCAACCGCGAUCCGAGCUGCCAUCAUCAUCGCCAAACUCUCCGUCCUACCGAUCCGAAGAGGCUACUGGGGCACCAACCUCGGUGAGCCACACUCCCUCCCAACAAAGGAGUCAGGUAAAUGCGGUUCAGUCACCGUCAGACUCAUUCCUGCCCCUCGAGGUACUGGUCUCGUCGCAUCUCCUGCUGUCAAGCGCCUGCUGCAGCUUGCUGGUGUACAGGAUGCAUACACUUCUUCUGCUGGAUCGACCAAGACUCUAGAAAACACACUGAAGGCUACAUUCGUGGCUGUAGGUAACACAUACGGCUUCCUGACACCAAAUCUGUGGAAGGAGAACAAGCUUACUCGAAGCCCGCUGGAAGAGUUUGGUGACGUGCUGAGAGAAGGAAAGAGAUACUAG